AAGGAGUCGACAAAGCUGAGAUUUGAACUUGCCCAGCUUAACAAUCUUUCGUCGUGGGAUGAAUAUGCCAUCGAGGGCACCAUGGCCGGGACGACAAAGGCUGUGGACGACUUCCUUACAGAUCUCCAGACCAAUAUCUAUCCUCUGGGCCAAAGCAAUCUUGCGAUUCUCAACGCGCUGAAGCAGAAGGAUGAGCGGCUGGAGAGUCCCAUAGGCGACCGAAGCAUCGCAUAUCGGUGGGACCAGAGCUACUACAACGAAUUGCAACUCAACACGACGUACGAUAUAGACUACACCGCCACGAAAGAUUACUUCCCUGUCAAUGUGACAGUCCCUGCCGUACUGGAUAUCUACGGCGAAAUCUACGGCCUUCGGUUCGAUCACAUCGACACUGCGAGCCCGGAAGCCGAUGAGCUCUCCCCAACAGGCAAGGGUAGCGACUUGGUCUGGCACCCCGAUGUGAUGAUGUAUGCAGUCUGGGACAACCAAGCGUACCGCGAUGCGAACCCGGCUGCCAACAGGACAUUUCGCGGAUAUUUAUACUUCGACCUCUUCGUCCGUGAGGGCAAAACUAGUGAAACAGGCAUAUCUGACCAGCUCCGGACCCGACAUCCAAACCAUGUUUGCGCCUCUGCUAAUUCGAUUCAGGUGGUCUUGAAUUUUCAGAAGAGCCCGGACGAGAGCAUCAAACCAAGUCUCAUCGGGUACUACGACAUCAAGAGUGUGAUGCACGAGUUGGGUCACGGUACGCAUGAUUUAACGUCAAUCACGACUUACGCGUGGAAUCAUGGCACAAAUGGGGUGCCGGCUGACUUUGUAAGGAACUGGUCAUGGAGGAAAGAGCAAGGCGAGGCGCCCGACGCUCCUCUCCCCCCGGUCACGAUGCCUGACGAUCUGAUUGCCAAAGUCGUCAAAUCCUCCGCCUUGAACCAGGGAAUCGACGCAUUGGACCAGAUCGCCUUUUCGCGCGUCGACCGGAAGUUGUAUGGGUCGACCAGUCUCGAGGAAGUUCAAUCAACCGAUGACGCCGCAGUAUACAAUGAAAUUUUCCGUAGAGUGUCUGGCUUUCCAGAUAACUCCGACCUCGGCCAGGGCAACGCGUGGGGCAACCUAAUAGGCCAAAUCAGCCAAUUCGUCAGUGCAUACUACGCGGGCCUCUACUACUCUUACCAAUGGUGUACGGCCUACGCGGCAGAUGUCUUCUACACGGCCUUUUACGACGAUCCGUUCAACAGCGCGACCGGAUGGAGAUAUCGCCAGACUGUGCUGCAGCCGUCUGGGACGAAGGACAUCAAAAAGCUGUUGCCGGCGUUCCUGGAGAGGGAGCCGAACACUGACGGGUACUAUCGUCAGUUGGGGAUCAAGGGCAAGGGGUCUUGA